CGAGGCAUUCGCAGCUGAAUAGAUAAUCAAGUACUAGGUAUACCUUUCAUUCCCAUUCAAUAAUAUCUUCAAUCCUUUUUGUAUUUCGAUCUUUGAGUCGAGGGUCGAAGUGUAUGUUGUCCUUUUAUUUGCACGCCCAUCUUUUUGAAGUUUUCGUCCAAAAAUACACCUCUCUCAAACUUAAAGACCCCUUCUCCGCAUUCAUCCCAUCAUGCACUCCGCAAUAUUCGAGAUAAAGGAACACACCCUCGAAUGUCAACACAUUCGAGAAUACCCUCAUGCCACUUCAAAUACUCAAGAAGAUGUAUUGCAUCUAGCAAUUAAACAAUACAUACCUAAAGAUAAUCCUCAUCCACAACCAGGAGAUGUGACUAUCAUUGGUGCCCACGCAAAUGGAUACCCAAAGGUAUGCUUUCGCUUCCAUUUGAAGAGUUGAAACACUAAAUCUGCAUAGGAAUUAUAUGAGCCAUUAUGGGAAGAUAUUCACGCACGCUCAAAGUCCAAUGGCUUCAGGAUACGAAGUAUCUGGAUAGCAGAUAUAGCUCAGGAAGGCGCUAGUAGUGUCCUGAAUGAGAAAUUAUUGGGAAACGAUCGUAUGUAAAACCUUUUUCUCGUCGAUUUAUUCACCCUCAUCUUUCUCGUGAUCAUAGCUCUGAUGAUAAGAGCUCCAACGUGUUAUAGCCCAUAAGCGUGGGUAAAAUAAAAUCUUACCCAGAGUCUUGGUAGUUCACUCAUAUAGUCCGUAUUGAAGUCCAGGAAGUCAUCCCCAUGAACAUCAUAAACUGCAAUAUUUUAAUAUCCCGUUUAUUCCGACACCUUCUAUAACAGCACCGUUCUUAACAUCAUCUAACAUCAUCUUUCAUCUAGCAUCCUGGAUUGACCACGCUCGAGAUCUCCUCCACAUGGUCAAUACCUACCGUUCCCAAAUGCCCCUCCCCAUAAUUGGAAUUGGUCACUCUUUCGGCGCCAACAUGCUCACCAACCUCUCCCUCAUGCACCCACGCCUCCUAACCAACCUCGUAAUGCUCGACCCCGUAAUCCAGUCAUAUGCUACCGGUCCAGCCGGUAGUCCUAAUCCCACCCAGCUAUCCACCUUUCGCCGAGAUCUCUGGCCCUCCCGCGCUGCGGCUGAAUCUUCCUUUAGAAAAUCAAAAGCAUAUGCGAAAUGGGAUCCUCGUGUUCUAGAUCGCUGGUGUCAAUAUGCCAUUCGCGAAACUCCCACGGCUAUUUAUCCCGAUGAACCAGCAGGAAGUACAACACUAACUACAACCAAGCACCAAGAAUGCUUUUCCUUCAUUCGCCCAAGUUGGGAAGCCUUUUCUUCGGAUGGUAAAACUAUUAUCCGUCCAGAUCUUAUCCCAGAUUUACGCGAAAAUAGUCCAACACAGUUCCCUUUCUACCGUCCAGAAACAAUUAAUACUCUCAUUCGGCUACCACAACUCCGCCCUCCUGUUCUCUAUAUCUACGGCGCCAUUAGCACCAUCUGUGAUCCUGCUUCCUGUGUUGAAAGACUCUCUUUAACGGGUACUGAACAUGGAGGUAGCGGAGGUGCCAAAGAAGGAAAAGUCAAGGAAGUCGUGUUAGAGGGAGUAGGUCACUUAGUAGCACAAGAGGCAACAGAGCAAUGUGCAGAUGCUUUGGCUCCAUGGAUAGGACAAGAAUUGAAGAGGUGGAGGAAAGAACAAGAGGUAUAUUUGGAGUGGACUAAAAAGAGUUUGAUUGAGAGACAAACCCUUUCCGAAGAAUGGAAGAAGAGAAUUGGAGGACCACCAAAGAGGGCUGGGAAAAGUGGAGAGGAAAGUAAGUUGUGAGUUAUGGUUUAUCAUGGUGAAAUUGAGAUAUGGAACGUUCUCUGCAAGUUAACAAUUUAGUAGAUGGGUACCGAGUGGGAAUAUUAUAAAUUAUACUUAGAAUAUAUAUUUUCUAUGCUUCAAAAUGCUAUGAUCCACGUAAUGAGAGUAGGCAUAGUAUGUCCUGAGUAACAUCACCAAUAUUACUUAAUAUUCAUCGGAUGUAAGAUUACAAAAAAUGUAUAAAACAAGAGGGUAGUAGCUAUAGGUAGGACUUUGUAAGAAAAUAAGU